AUGAAUAAUAAUAGUGAUAGAAUAGACAGUAAUAAUAAUAAUAUUUAUAAUCACACACAUAAUUUAGAAUCAAUUACAAAAACAGAUUUUGAUAAUAAUAAUGAAAUAUUAUUUUUUUCAGUGUUGAGAAACAAGUAUCUAUUAAAUGAAAUACAAAGACAUCACAGGCUAUAUAGAAAAAAUAAAAUAAUAAAUAUUAACAAUUCAAUGGAUCAACUUAGAUAUCACCCACAUAGAAGAUAUGCAACAGAAAUUAUAAUUGAUGUUGAUGAACCAUUAGAACCACAUGGUCAAGUAAUACCCUAUGGUACAACCAAAUUAAAAUUCUUUGGUAAACUUGGUAAAUUUAAUAAACCAAUUCAAGCAGGCAAUAUUCCAGCAACAGUCACUUCUUUGAAAUUUUCUACAAUAGCUGGUUUAAAAUUUAAUAAUUAUUCACAUCAAUUUGAUAUUAAAUCAGUUGUCCCACCAAGUGUUACUAAAUUGAAUCUCGGAAUAAACCAAAAAGUUUCACCAAAUACAUUACCACCAUCACUUACCAGUUUAAAAAUGAAACUAGAUCAAGAUACACCAAUUGGAACUUUCCCACAAUCAUUAACUACAUUAAAGCAAUAUAAUUUCAAUAGAACAAUUACACCUGGUUCAUUUGGUUCAAUUGUAAAUUUAUCCCUAUACUCCUUUAAUCAACCUUUAAAAGCCGGCGACUUACCUAUAACAUGUAAAUAUCUAUUUCUUGGCUCCUACAGUCAACCGCUCCAACCAAAUAUUCUUCCCCCUGAAUUAAAAGAAUUAGAAUUAUUACGCUUUAAUCACCCACUAUCAUACGGUGUACUUCCAGAUUCAAUCACUGAUUUAAGUAUGCAUUUCUUUGAUCACCCAUUAUCCAACUCUCUAUCAGCACUACAUUCAUUAAAAACACUCAACUUACUAAGUUUUGAUCAAGAGAUAUCAAUCGAAACUUUCCCACCCUCUAUAAAUUCAUUAGCUUUGUAUAGUUUUAAUCAAAUUUUAAAACCAAAUGUACUUCCACCAUCAAUAACAAAAAUCAUUUUACAUGAAUAUAACCAUCCAUUAGAACCACAAGUAAUACCGCCAAACGUGGAAAUUUUAAUGUUAAGAUCAUAUAAUUGUAAUCUUGGUAAACAUUUAUUCCCAAAUACUUUACAAUACUUAGUUAUAUCAAACUAUUCAAAUGAAUUAUUGGAAAAUGAUUUACCAUCAUCAAUUACAGAUCUUCAUUUCGAAUCAAAUAUUAGCUAUGCUUCAAAUCCGAUUCGAUUUCAAAUUAAUUCAAUACCACCAUCAGUAAAAAAAUUAAAACUCCCAGAUAUCCAUUCCCAACCUAUUCAAUCCUGUCUUAUACCCAAUUCAGUAGUAUAUUUAGAGCUACCCAAAUACUAUUCCCACCCUCUUCAAGUCGGUACUAUACCCAAUUCAGUUACAUAUUUAAAAUUACCUAAAGUAUUUAGUCCUCUCCAAGUAGGUGUAUUACCAGAAUCUCUCACUAAAUUAACAUUUAGAAAAGGAUUUGAUCAACCAAUAGACCCAGCUACUAUUCCACAAUCUGUUACUCAAAUAUCAUUACCUUAUGAUUAUAAACACCCAAUACCAAACUCUUUAUUAAAUUUAAUAAAUACCAAUUAUUAA